CACCCCACCAACAGAUCCAUCCGCGGGGUCAGACACUUUUUGCACUCCACAAUACACCGAAACUAGUCCGCCACAGACCCAGAGACACAGACGCGUUACAGACUGCACCUCCCAGUGAAUGUAGCCUCUAUCCAGGCUUAAGAAAUGAGCUGUGCCCGGUAAAUGUUCCGGUCCUGAGUGGAUGUUUAUGGAUCUACUUCUCCUGCUGUCGCUGACAGGCGGUGCUUCGGUCGCUCCAAACAUGGCCUCCAUGACGGAGCGACCGCUUCAACUUUAAUUUUUCGCCAAUUGUUCAGUGCUAAACCGUGUUUUUCUCCCCUGCGCCCCUCGGGAAUGUUUCCCCGGAACCUCGCAUCCUCAUGGCGAAGUGCUGAAGCAGAAGUUCUGCUGGGUUCUAACGGAUCGGUUUAAAUAGAAAGGAAAAACAGAAUACCAUCAAAUCAAAUGCCAUCUGAGGCUCAGUCUCAGGUGCCUCGGGACAGAGGACCGGUCCCUCCAGUCACUCGGGCUGGACGUAGCGCUCAGCUGGCCAAAGCCGCAGCUACAAGCCCCGCCCCCGAGAGGCGGUCUCGUGGGCGACCUCGGAAAGAUGGGAGCGGUGUGCCCCCCACACCUCCUCCACCACCUCCAUCUCUUACUACUCCACCCUCCAAGUCAAGGAAGAAGGUGCGGAGUCGAGGCCGAGCCCCAGGAGGGGAUGAAGAUCUCAUGGACACCACGGAGAAGAACCCCCCCAAGAAGACAGAGGUGAAGGAGAAGACAACAGGAUGCCGUCGGUCCACCUCCAGAAGAAAAUCCAACGCAAACCCUGAACCAGACACUGAACCCAGCCAGGACCAUCUCAGUCCGGACCCUGACCCGCCUCAUCCUGACCCGCCUCAUCCUGACCCGCCUCAUCCUGACCCCACACUCUCAGAGGCCAGCCCAGAUCCAGCUCCUAGUGUUGAGGAGGAGGACAGAACCAGCCUGGCUCCUGCUGCCCCGCCCCCCUCCUCCAGCCCAGGACCAGCUUCCGGUCCUGGGGAAGAACCUCGAGUCAGUUCCCCGUCGCCGGACCUUGACCUGAGCCUGGUUGACAGCCCCAGACCUGCUCCGGAUCCUGUGGAGGAGGACUGCCACAGCCCCGGCCCCAUGGAGACAGUUACUGUGGAGGCAGAGGUGGGCAGGGCCAGUCGCACAGAGCCGAGUCCCUGCUCCAGUCCUCCGGUCUCCCCCUGCCCCCGACUGGAGGAUGAGGUCUCGCUGUCCCCUCUCUUCCAGCUGUUGGAGGACUCUGGGGGCUCGCCCCGCCCCGGCCUGGGACACACCAAAAAACGACUGAAGCAGUGUGCCUUCUGUUACGGUGGCGAGGAGCCCCCCCUGGGUCAGGGCCGCCUGGUGGUGUUCGGCCCGACGCCUGGUUACAUCCCCCUGCACGUCCUCAACCGCCGCGCCUCUUCCGACCGGGACAAUGACUGCCACGAUCACUGCUACCGAGGAGACCUGGCCCCGUCAACGUGCAGCAGUCCUGAACAGUAUGACAGGGAGUCUUCCUUAGAGUUUGUGGAGCAACUCGGACCCGUUGGCCUUCCACAUGACAUCAACGUCCAAUCACUGUUCGACCCCACAGGUCAGUGCUGCGCUCACCUGCAGUGUGCAGCCUGGUCAGAGGGGGUGUGUCGUGGCGAGGGCCAAUCGCUGCUCUACGUGGACAAAGCCAUUGACUCAGGAAGCACACAAGUGUGUGCGUUCUGCCGUCGGCUUGGAGCAUCGCUGCGUUGCCAGGAGAUGAGCUGUAGGCAGAGCUUCCACUUCCCAUGUGCUGCUGCUGCUGGAGUUCACCAGGACUGGACCCACAGACACACACUGUGUACAAGACACUCACACUCCGUGUCGUCACAGUGCGUCUUGUGUUCGAGUGGUGAUGUCAGCUGUCUGUUGAUGUGUUGUUGCUGUGGGAACUGUUACCAUGGCAGCUGCCUGGACCCACCUCUGGCCCCCUCCCCCAUGUGCCGGGCCGGCUGGCAAUGUCCUCAGUGUCGAGUGUGUCAGAGCUGCAGGGUGCAAGGGGAUGAUGGUGCGUUGCUGGUGUGUGAGCGCUGUGAUAAAUCCUACCACACACACUGUCUCACACCUCCUCCAGGUGGAACACCGAGCCCCGGCUGGAGAUGCAAGAACUGCAGAAUCUGUCGCCGCUGUGGUGUGAGGUCAUCAGGCCAGUGGGCCAAUCACCCGUUUCUAUGCGAGUUAUGUGACCUGGCCCUGCCCUGCCCGCUCUGCGACCUCGACACACCACAGGACCAUGUGAUCUGUUCCUGCUGCUACAGGUGUGUCCAUACAGAGUGUAUCUUCCAGGCUGGGGAGGGCAGGGCGCGGUCUGAAGAUUAUGUCUGCACCACGUGCAGGCCUCAAGAAGAGGUUCCAAUCCCCCCCACUCCAAUCCCAUACAGUGCUACGCUGUCCCCGCCCCUCAGUCCCACAGAAGCACCACCUAUUAUUACCACUCGUAACCCAGUCCAGCUUCUGAGCUCCGAGCCACCACAGAGUCCUGUACCAGCUCCCUCUAGACCUACAGAGCUCCAACAGAGUUCUGCACCAAUUUACCUUGAACCCACAGAGCUCCAACAGAGUCCUGCAACAUCUCCCUCUGGACCCUCAGAGCUCCAACCGAGUCCUGCACCAUCUCCCUCUGGACCCACAGAGCCACCACAGAGUCCUGCACCAUCUCCCACUAGACCCACAGAGCUCGAACAGAAUCCUGCACCAUCUCCCUCUAAACCCACAGCGCUCCAACAGAGUCCUGCACCAUCUCCCUCUGGACCCACAGAGCCACCACAGAGUCCUGCACCAUCUCCCUCUGGACCGACAGAGCCACCACAGAGUCCUGCACCAUCUCCCUCUAGACCCACAGAGCUCCAACAGAGUCCUGCACCAUCACACCCUGAACCCACAGAGCUCCAACAGAGUCCUGCACCAUCACACCCUGAACCCACAGAGCUCCAACAGAGUCCUGCACCAUCACACCCUGAACCCACAGAGCUCCAACAGAGUCCUCCACCAUCUCCCUCUAGACCCACAGAGCUCCUAAAGAUUCCUGCACCAUCUCCCUCUGAGCCCACAGAGUUCCAACAGAGUCCUGCGCUAUCUCCUUCUGAAUGCACAGAGCUCCAACAGAGUCCUGCACCAACUCCCUCUAGACCCACAGCGCACCAACAGAGUGCUGCACCAUCUCCCUCUGAACCCACAGAGCUCCAAAAGAGUCCUGCACCAACUCCCUGUAGACCCACAGCGCUCCAACAGAGUCCUGCACCAUCUCCCUCUAGACCCACAGCACUCCAACAGAGUCCUGCACCAUCUCCCUCUGGACCCACAGAGCUCCAACAGAGUUCUGCACCAUCUCCCUCUAGACCCACAGAGCUCCAACAGAGUCCUGCACCAUCUCCCUCUGAACCCACAGAGCUCCAACAGAGUCCUACACCAACUCCCUCUAGACCCACAGCGGUCCAACAGAGUCCUGCGCCAUCUCCCUCUGAACCCACAGAGCUCCAACAGAGUCCCGCACCAUCUCCCUCUAGACCCACAGAGCUCCAACAGAGUUCUGCACCAUCUCCCUCUGGACCCACAGAGCUCCAACAGAGUCCUGCACCAUCCCCCUCUGGACCCACAGAGCUCCUACAGAGUCCUGUUUCAUCACACUUUGAACCCACAGAGCUCCAACAGAGUCCUGCACCAUAUCCCUCUAGACCCACAGAGCUCCAACAGAGUCCUGCACCAUCUCUCUCUAGACCCACAGAGCUCCAACAGAGUCCUGCACCAUCUCCCUCUAGACCCACAGACCUCCAACAGAGUCCUGCACCAUCUCUCUCUAGACCCACAGAGCUCCAACCGAGUCCUGCACCAUCUCCCUCUGGACCCACAGAGCUCCAACAGAGUCCUGCACCAUCUCCCUCUGGACCCACAGACCUCCAACAGAGUCCUGCACCAUCUCUCUCUAGACCCACAGAGCUCCAACAGAGUUCUGCACCAUCUCCUUCUGAACCCACAGAGCUCCAACCGAGUCCUGCACCAUCUCCCUCUGGACCCACAGAGCUCCAACAGAGUCCUCCACCAUCUCCCUCUAGACCCACAGAGCUCCUAAAGAUUCCUGCACCAUCUCCCUCUGAGCCCACAGAGUUCCAACAGAGUCCUGCGCUAUCUCCUUCUGAAUGCACAGAGUUCCAACAGAGUCCUGCACCAUCUCCCUCUAGACCAACAGAGCCACCACAGAGUCCUGCACCAUCUCCCUCUGGACCCACAGAGCUCCAACAGAGUCCUCCACCAUCUCCCUCUAGACCCACAGAGCUCCUAAAGAUUCCUGCACCAUCUCCCUCUGAGCCCACAGAGUUCCAACAGAGUCCUGCACCAUCUCCGUCUGAACCUACAGAGCUCCAACAAAUACGUACACCCUCUCACUCUAAUCAACAAGAGCUUCAGGAAAGUCUACUACCCUCUUACCCUGAACUUGCAGAGCUCGAGGAAAGUCCUUCGCAAUCUCACCUUGAUCCUACAGAGCUCCUAGAUUGCCACAAUCUGUCUCAAUUUAAUCAAGCAGAGCUUCAACAAAGACCUACCCUGAAUUCCACAGAGGAUCAGCUUUUGGCCACAAACUCUCAGAGUCCAAUCCAGGAUAGUCCCAUAUCAUGUAGCCUUGCACAUCCUCCGUGUCAGGCAGGGCUUAGUCCUACCCAUGUUCAGCCAGGGCCUGGAGAGCCUAAGCGAAGUACUCCACCACAUAGUCCUGCGCAGGGCAGCCUUACGCAGACACAGCGCGGUACACCAUGUAGUCCUACUGACAUCCUCAUCACACAGCCUCAGCACAGUCCCCCACAAAGACGGCAUAGUCCGAUGCCACAUUGUCAUGCACAAGUUGACACAUCACCUGCACAGAGUCCCACACAUGAUGCUGAAUAUACACUGAACCAGGAGAGCCCUAGAUCAACCAGCUUUGCUGGGCUGCAAUGUGGGCCUUCAUGUGACAUUUCUACACUGGACCGGGACCUCUCGCCAGUCUGCUGUAGGUCUAAACAGACAGUAAGAAGACACGCCUCACUGAGGCCCAUUUCAGCUCCAUGUAGCCCAUCACCGUCCCCACCCAAAGCCACACAGUGUAGUCGGUCUCUGCCUGCUAGCCCAGUACAGGCUAACUCCACAAAGCCUUUCAAGCCUUUACAUCUUAGCCUUCUUCCUGUUCAGCUUGCUACACAGUCAAGAGUCACAAAGGAAUGCACCCAAACCAGUACCACAGAGCUGAAGUCCUUGGAGCAUAGUCCAAUGCAGCUGUGUCCAAAUGGCCAAACAUUGGAAAGUAGUCCCACCUCUGAUCUGUCCAUAAUGCCCCCUGUUGGCCAUGGCACGGAUGGCAAACUCCCAAACCAAUAUACUUCUGUUCAGAGUAGCAUUCUUAGCUCUGACCAUUCUAGCCCCUAUCUCGGGCCUGCCAUGCCCAUACCAGAAAGCCUUAUUUACAUUAGGACUUCAAUGGAAGACAGUAGCUUAACUUUGUCACCUUGUGCUCAUGACAGCCCAUCACGCUGCACAGAAGCUAUUGAAGGUAGAGCCAGCCCCAUACCAUUCCAAAAUAGCUUAGCUAAUGCAAGCCCCAAACUUCCCAGUCAAACGCCUACAAGCCCCUUGAGCUCUGAUCAGGCCUGUACUAGCCCCAUGCCAGUGGAGACUACAGAGACUAGCUCCUCAACACAACCAACUAGCCCUGGAACGCUAACAGCCAGCUACUCCGCGCAAACAAUCAGCCCCUUGACAUCACCUGUUAGGCCCUCAACACAACCAGGUAGCCCGUCAGAAGUACUGGCUAGAUCCAGCCACCCCAUCUUGUGUCAGGACAAGGAGAUAGCAGUAGAUGUCAACCACAACGGGCAUUUUAAUCAGUCAAAAACUAGUCCCGGCCAUCCUAACUUCUCUCCAAACAGUAGAGUUAAUACUAGCCCUACUCAUGCUUGCCCAGGCAGCACAGAAGCUAAUGGUGCGUACAGUAUAAUGCGCUCCACACAAGAGAGCACUAGUUCCCUUGUUUGUAGCUUUUCAGAGCUCGCACAGACUCAGGCAAGCCGAAGUCCCAAACAUCCUGAUCAGUCAAGUCCCUCACAUGUUCAAACUACCUGCAGUCCUUCUGCUUCUUUUCUUAGCCCUUCUCCAGUAUGGACAAACCCCAUGCAUACUAGCUUUAGUCCUCCACACUGUAGGCCGACUGAUUCUAGCCCAGCUAGUAGUACUGUGUGCCACAGUUCCCACUCUGCUGGCAUUACUGAUGUCAAUAAUAGCCACAGUCCCCUAAGGUCUAGUCCUGCUGGUCAAGCUGGUCCUCUUCACAUACAAAGCACCUGUAGUAAUGCCUACUCAAGCCUAGUCCAAAGUCGGACUCCCUCAUUAGCUAGCACGACAUCCAGCAGCCCUGCACAUGCUACUGUAUCUUGUGUGAGCCCACCUCACAGUCCAGCUCAGGCAAGUAAAACAUAUGGUAGCCCCCAUUACAGCCAAGCUCCCGACACUGGAACCAGUUCUGACCUGACUGUGGCACAGCUCAGCCCCUCUUUGACUAGUUCAAGUCUUUAUGUGGACAUUGUGGCCAGUUCCAUAAAACAAAGCUCUGUUCUUCCCAGAGGGGUUCAGCUUAAUUCUGGUUGUGUUGUACCUACAGACGGUAUUAGGCAGACAAGCCAUACACCUGCCAGUUUCCUACGUGAUGACUCAUCUGCUGUUAGUUCCAACCAGGUUAGCCAGUCCCCAGCUAGUCAUCGCCCUAUCCCCCACAGGUCUGCAGGUAAAAGUCAACAAAGCCCUGCCUCGGAAGGCCCCUUGUAUCAAAGACCAGCCACCCCUGUUGCUACUUCCCCUCUGGCUGGUCCGAGCCAUGCAAGCACUGUCCAUUCAAGUCCCUCUCAGGAUUACACGGCGAUGCCUAGUACUAGCCACAUUAGUGAAACUCCCUCACAAGUUUGCCCUACUCAGGCUAGCUAUGUGCACAGUAGCCCAGUUGCACCAGAGGCUAGUCCCAGUUCUGAACCAGGUAGCCCUAUGAGGUGUGAGGCUGCCGCUGGUCCACAUUCAGUUAGUCCUGUUGUUGCUACCCAUGGGCAGUCUGAAACCAGCCCUAGUCCUGGUCUUACUAGGCUUGUCCUGCCUGAUGUUGGUCCUCGUCCUGAAGGCCACUUUGUUUCCAGCCCCCAGCAACACACAACCGAGAGGGAGUCUUCAGUCACUGUGGAUGUCAGCAUGGUGGAGGAGCAGGAAAAGACAACUGAAGAGAAGGAGGAGAUGCAGGAGAAGCCUCACCAGACCACAAAGGAGAGUCCAGAGGAUGGAGGAGAACCGGACCAGGUGGAGGAGGAGGAUCAGCAUUGCAGUUCAGACUGUCCCCCUUCAGGAGUCCAGCUGGGAUCUUUUCUCAAUGAAGACCCUCAGUCAGCUCCUCCCAUCCCUCCACUCAGCACACCACACUCGGCCUUACCUCUCCAACAGCCCUCCUACUUUCCCCCGUCUUCACCUCCUGCCUCCCCCCUCAACUCACCACAGUCUCCUCCUCCUCCGAGAGCUGGCUCUCUGGAGGCCUCUCCUCACAGGACUGCCUUACUCCUCUCCUGCUCCCCCAAUAUCCUGCCUUCCCCCGUCCUUCCUCUGGAAGAGGAACCGAGCUAUCAAAGUAAAGCCGUGAUGGGGGAGGCGGGGCUAGAGGACAAACCGCUUUUCUGUCCUGUGUCAUCAGCGGAUGAUGACAGCCAAUCACAGAGUCAGUUUGAACUCACCAAAGAUAAGCACCAAUCACAUUCUGAGCCUUUAGGGAGGGAGGAGGAGGAGCCAAUAGCUACAGACAUCGCCACUUCCGAGGGGGUUGCUGGGCAACAGCCAAUGAGGGAGAUGCAGGAUGCCGAGGAGGAGGAGGAACAAGGAAAGGCUGCGAGCGCCGAGCAGGAGGACCAAUUGGAAGUGGAGGAGGAGCCAGUUAGCCCUAUACUGGAGCUGGACUUAGACAUUGAGGUGAUGGCGCUGAUGACCUCCUCAUCUCCUCCCCCCUCCCUCCUGCAUCUCUCCUCCCCUAGCCCACCUACCUUCUCCCGUCGGGGGACGAGUCGGACUCUCAGACCUCCCUGCUCGUCCAGGCCUUUGGACGACCUCUCCAUCCGUCUCAGGCAGUCUCCCUUCUCCACUGAGGCCUCUCCCGAGACCUCUCCUGCCAGAUCUUCCGUAACUCCGCCUCCUCUCUCCCCGUCCUCAACUCCUCUCCAGUACUCCCCACCAGCCAGGGAGUCGUCGCCUCUUUCAAAGGCUCCUCCCAUCACUGUGCUCCCCCUAACACCUAAAAUUGGAAUGGGGAAACCGGCCAUCUCCAAGAGGAAGUUCUCCCCCGGCAGAGCCAGGCUCAAACAAGGUUCAUGGUGGAGUAAUCGCAGGGUGGUCAGCCCCCCCUCGUCUUCCCAGGAUUCCAUGGGCGAUACCGUGUGGGACAGCCUCAAGCCCCGCCUACCGGAGCCCCCCCUCUGGAGCAUGAAAGUGGGUCGUGGUUCAGGGUUUCCGGGGAGGAGGCGGUCCAGAGGAGGUGGUCUUGGAGGAGGAAGAGGAGGAAGAGGAAGGAGCCGGCUGAAGACUCAGGACAGUCUGACUGUGUCACCUGGAUGUGUGUAUGUGGAGCCGGUCCAGCCUAAGGAGGAAGAGGAGAACUCGAUGCACAACACGGUGGUGAUGUUCUCCGUCUCGGACCACUUCACCCUCAGACAGGACAUGUGUGUGGUGUGUGGGAGCUUCGGCCGGGGCGCUGAAGGCCGACUGUUGGCCUGUUCUCAGUGUGGACAGUGUUACCAUCCCUACUGUGUGAACGUCAAGGUCACGAGGGUCGUCCUCACCAAAGGGUGGCGGUGCCUCGAGUGCACGGUAUGUGAAGCAUGUGGUGAGGCCAGCGACCCCGGGCGACUGUUGCUAUGUGACGACUGUGACAUCAGCUACCACACCUACUGCCUGGACCCGCCCCUUCAGACCGUCCCCAAGGGAGCCUGGAAGUGCAAGUGGUGUGUGUGGUGUGUCCAGUGUGGCUCCGCCUCCCCCGGGCUGCACUGUGAUUGGCAGAAUAACUACAGUCGCUGUGGACCGUGCGCCUCUCUGAGCCGCUGUCCUCUCUGUCAGAGACGCUACACACAGGACGACUUGAUACUGCAGUGUCAGCAGUGUGACAGGUGGGUCCACGCUGUGUGUCAGGGCUUGAACACUGAAGAUGACGUGGAGGCUGCUGCCGAUGAAGGCUUCGACUGCCAGCUGUGCCGAACACACGGCCGGAGCUCCCACGGGAGGUCAGAAGACAGGUUUGAGUCCCCCUACAUGGCUCAGAUCAUCUCCAGGAUCAGAGAACCGGAUGUGAAGACGUACACUCAGGACGGAGUGUUUCUGACCGAGUCAGGUCUCUCACACCUGCAGUCGCUGGUGGAACCUCUGACGUCACCGCGCGGUUACCGCAGGUGUAAACCCAAACUGAAGAUGAAGAUCAUCAACCAGAACAGUGUGUCUGUGCUGCAAACUCCACCUGAGCCGGACCCCCCCUCCAAACAGGACGCCAGCAGAGGUGACCUGGAAUUUGAGAUGAAAUCUGACUCCAGCCCCGAGCGAGACCACGCCCACGAUGAUGUCACCAAGGAGUCUGAGGUUACCGACGGCAACAAAAAGAGGAAAAGGAAACCCUACAGGCCUGGUAUCGGAGGCUUCAUGGUGCGUCAGCGUGGAGGGAAAGCCGGUCCGAGCAGAAUCAAACUUUACAGGAAAGAUUCAACAGAGAGGCUGCUGGGAGACGAAGACGUUUCCAUGGAGAAGGUGUUACCUGCCGAGACAAUUGAGAAGGUGAAGAAGAGAUACAGGAAGAAGAAGACUAAGCUGGAGGAGGCGUUCCCUUCAUAUCUCCAGGAGGCAUUCUUUGGUCGCAUUCUUCUCGACGGGAGCCGACAGGCAGACAGGAGCCAGAGGUCGGAGACACCAGGUGCCAUCCAAUCAGGAGCAGCGAGGGGUGACAUUAAAAGUCCUGCCCCUGGAUUACAUGGCCCCUCCCCCUCAGACCUGCCGCUUGGGGCUGUGGCAACCCACACUAUCAAGAAGCAGGGAACGCUGCCUAUGUCGGAGGAAGCACUGCUGGAUCUGUCUGAUGUUCUCAACACUGAUCCUCACAUACUGGCCACAGGACACACAGGUCACUACCAGAUGGAGCGCUCCCUCUCUCCGUUUGCCGGUCUGGACAUCGGCUCCUUGGCGGACGACCGGACAGGAAGUGGUGGGCGUGGCCUGAGGGCGGUGCAGGAGGAGCCUCUAGACACUAUCUUAAGUCCAGAGCUUGACAAGAUGGUGACUGACGGUGCCAUCCUCAGCAAACUGUACAAGAUCCCAGAGCUGGAGGGGAAGGACGUGGAGGAGGUGUUCACUGCUGUUCUCAGUCCAAACAGCAGCAACCAACACACUGUUGCUGGGAGCAAGACACACACAGCUGUGUUUCCUCGUCUUCCGCUGAUGAACGGCCUUAUGGGAGCUGCUCCUCAUUUUCCUAAAAUGGUAUCCGGCGGCGCCCAGAGUCCAGCAUGCUUUAGGGUACCACCUGCUGAGAGCACCGCCCCUGGGUCAGCCUCAACCAAUCGGGUGUCGGCAGGAGAGAGCGAGCGGGAUGUGAUGUCGACGGCUCAGAGGGGCAUGUUGAAGUGGGAGAAGGAAGAAACGCUGGGAGAGAUGGCCACCGUCGCCCCGGUGCUGUACUGCAACACCACGUUCCCCCAGUUGAGAGAGCAGCACCCUGACUGGUCCACCAGGGUGAAGCAGAUCUCCAAGCUGUGGAGGAAAGCCAGUUCUCAGGACCGAGCUCCCUUCGUGCAAAAAGCUCGUGAUAACCGGGCGACUCAGCGCAUCAACAAGGUGCAGCUGUCCAACGAGCCACUCAAACGCCACCAGCCCUCGCAGCAGCCGUUGCCGCUACCGUUGCCGCUACCGUUGCCGCUACCGUUGCCGCUACCGUUGCCGCUACCGUUGCCGCUACCGUUGCCGCUACCGUUGCCGCUACCGUUGCCGCCGGGACAUUAUGACCCUGUUUCCAUGGAGGCAGAGGUGUUCAGGGACCCGUUAAGGCCCAAAGAGUCCGAACAGGAGCAGGAGUGGAAGUUCAGACAGGGAGAGGUAAAAGACAGAUGGGGAGCCGGUAAGAAGAGGCAGGAAAAUCCCCCCCAAAGCAAAGCCCUAAAAUCACCAACAGAUAAAGGUUGUCCCUACCAGGCAUCUGUAGCAGGAGGUGGCAAAGAGGCUCUGCAAAUGCGUCAGAAGAGCAAGCAGCUGGCGAAGAUGGAGGCCAGUCAGAAGCUGGAGCAGGUGAAGAGCGAGCAGCUCCUCCAGCAGAAGCAGGUGCAGCUCGCUGGCCAGCUGUCUCCGGACGCCGGCAGCCAAAGCCCCGCGGCACCCAGGGGCGACACCUCCCCGCUCCAACCACCGGCAUCCAGACAGCACCUCCUCCUGCAGAGCUCGGGACUAGCUGACGACGUCUUCCUCAGACCGCAAGCCCCUCCCCCCUCCGGCUUCUCCUCGCUCCCUCCCUCCCCCCUCCCCUCCUCUCCCCUCCACCAGCCCCCUUCCUCCCCUCAGAUGUUCUCCCCGCCUUCCUCCCGUCCCUCCUCACCCUGGGAACCCUACAUUAAAAUAGCAGGGCCUCCCCGCCCACCCUCCUCGCAGGCUGGUGGCUCCGGAGCCCCCCAGCAGCAGCGUCACAACUCCCUCAGCUCCUCCCCAGCCCACGAUGCCUUUGGUUCUCCUGCACCGUCCCCCGACUCCAAAACCUCCGAUGUCUCCAGGACCCUCGGACCCCAACAAGGACUGCAGCAGAACAGGGCAGGUAUGAUGAGCCCCCCCUCUGGCUCGGCCCCCGACCCUUCAGCCCGACACAUAGGUAUCCGAGCAGCGGAUUCCUACCAGCGGCCUCACAACAGCAGUACCAUGCGUGCUGCGGUGUCUGAACUUUAUGGUCGCGGUGGUGAACCGGUGCAGGGCGGGUUGUUUAAAGCCCCCAUGCCUCCUCAGCACCAGCUUCAACUGGAGGUAUUUGGUACCGCAGGAGGAGCAGGAAGGAGGGACCUGUCCAGACCCACAGAUCUGGGCUUUGCUCUCUCCCAGUCACAGGAUCCGCUCUUCCCCACCAGUCCGCUGUCUGGACUGGGCUCCCCCCACCGCAGCCCCUAUGCCCAGACGCUAGGCACCCCCAGAGUUGACUACAGCCAGCCGAUGACUGACCCCUUCACCCAGCACUCACCUUUGACCUCCAGGCCCUCGCCUGACCCAUACACCAACCCUCAGACUCCUGGUACGCCACACCCUCAUUCUGACCCCACAUACCUCACCACACCGCCUGCACUGAGACUGGACCAGUAUAACCAGCAGUCUACCAGCAGGCGUCCGUCCCCCUCCCACCCAAACCUCGACCCUUACGCAUCUAACCCGGGGACUCCCUGCCCCACUGUCACCGACCACUUCCCUCGAUCGCCGGGGGUUCAGCGGAACACCGACACUUACACCCAGCCCGCCGGUCCACCACGACCCUUGUUGGAUCCCUACGCCCAGCAGCCCUCAACACCACGGCCGCAGAAGGCCCCAGAGCCCUUCAGCCAGGCCCCAAUGGAGAUCUUCUCUCCUCAACUUGCAGGAUCCGGAUCAUCCCCUUUGGUUCCAGGGCUGUCUGGAGAGACAGUGACCUUCACCCCAACACUCCACCAGCAGUCUCCAGGAAGACAACAGCAGCAAGACUUAUUUCCCUCAACCCCCAACAGCCAGACCCUGAAGGACCCUGGGAUAUCAGAGGAGAGUGUUUUCUUUGCCGGUCCGACUCCGGGUCACGACCCCUUUGAGCAGAGUCGCAUGACAGCAGGACCCUCUCAGAUGGAAAAGACAACAACCAAUGAAAUGGCAGUCAUGACUGUGGCUCCUUUAGAUGGACCAAUGAGCAUGCUGCCUCAGCUUGGUGAUUCGGAGGAGAAGCUGAGACAGCGUCAGCGUCUCCGGCAGCUCAUCCUGAGGCAGCAGCAGCAGAAGAGUGUGUUACGGCAGGAGAAAGGUUUGCAGGAACCAGGACCUUCUGGACCUCAUGCUGCUGGACCUGCCCUUGGUCCCGCCACACCACAACACUGGUCCAAGCCAGACCCCUUAACUGCUCCUCCUUUAGACCUGUUUGGACGUCCCCCACCCCCUUACCCUGGCACAGUGAGGCCUUGUGGUGCAGCGGGAGCUCCGGCCCCCAUGUUCCCUGGAGGUUUCCCUGGGGAGCAGCAGAGGGGGUUCACCUCCAGAGAGCUGCCAGUCCAAGGACCAGUCCUGAGGUUUGGUGUUCCUCCAGGAGCUCCAGCGGGUCUCCAGGACUCCUUCUCACGUCCUCCCCAGGGAGCGGUGUCUGGAUCUGGGCUCAGUAUGGUGGAGGGAGUCACUUUCCAGAUGAAGAGGCCUGUGGAGUUCACCGGCAUCCGACCCGUCCCGGCUCCCGGCGCUCAGCUACACAUGAUGUCUGGUGUCCCCCAGCCCUUCCUCCCCCGAUCCCUCCCCCUCCAACAGCACAGUAUCAUGGGACAGCCCUACAUCGAGCUCCGACAUCGCGCCCCCGAGAACCGCCUGAGUCUGUCCUUCUCUCUGCCCGAGACCCCGCUGCUGUCCCCGAGAGACCCCCAGCAGUCUCCCGUCAGGCCUGGUCCGGAGGCCCGGAUGGGGGAGCCGGCGCUGGGCCCGCCCAUUGCGAUGGAACAGCUGAACCAGCAGCACCUGGGCCACAGAGAGUCCGCGCUCCCGGAGGAGCACCUGGAGGGGGAGGACUCUGCCGUGAAGGACCUGGAAGACGUGGAGGUGAAAGAUCUGGUGGACCUCAACCUGAACCUGGACCCUGAAGACGGUAAAGAGGACCUCGAUCUGGGUCCUAAUGACCUCCACCUCGACGACUUCCUGCUGUCGGGGAAGUUUGACCUAAUCGCCUACGCCGACCCCGAGCUCAAUCUGGAGGACAAGAAAGACAUGUUCAACGAGGAGCUGGACCUGGGGGAACCGGUGGAGGAGAAAGGGGGGGGGGAGAAGAGGGAUGGAGCCAGCGGGUCCAGAAAGACAGACGGUCUGAUCAGCCAAGUCAAACAGGAAGUGCAGGAUGGCACUUCUGCUUCUCAGCAACCUACACCUCAUCCUGGGGUAGUCACCACCAGCAGACCCCCCAGACCUCCAGGACCAGGUCCAGGAGCUCCAAUGUCUGAGGCCGCAGGCUCCAGCCAGAACCAAGAACAGGCUCCGUCAUUGGGCAUGGGUCCCAGGGUUCACCCCCCCAUGACUGGAGGUCAACAAUCUGCCUUCCAGCAGCAGCAGAGACCGUUUGGACCCUACCCCUCCGCUCUCUUCACCCCCCACCCACAGAGUCUCCCAGUUUCUGCCCCCAACAGUCUGACUCCUCAGGGCCCUCCUGCACUGCCUCAACCGCUGUCCCUCCAACCCUCCCAGCCUCGCCUCCUUCUCAACCCUCAGACACAGCUUCCACACCAGGGAUCCUCCACCCAGGGACAGGGACAGGCUCUCCUCACCCAGGACCAGGACCAGCACAGGCCUCUGCUCCUGGAGGAGCAACCGCUACUCCUGCAAGAACUCCUGGACCAGGAGCGCCAGGAGCAGCAGCAGCAGAAACAGAUGCAGGCCCUAAUCAGACAGAGGUCUACCACAGACCCUGUGUUACCUAAUAUAACAGACUUUGACUCCAUCUCUGACCCCAUCAUGAAGGCCAAGAUGGUGGCUCUGAAGGGCAUCAACAAGGUCAUGACCCAGGGCAACCUGGGACUCAACCCCAUGGUCAUCAACAGGUUCCAGCAGGCUCCGGUAGCUCCCGUGGCCCCAGUGGCUCCGUGUCCAGAGGGGACUCCUCAGCCUCCACAUCUGGUGGUUCAGGACGGGAAAUUGAAACCUCAGUUGGUGCGACCGAACCCUCCCAGCUUUGGCCCGGGCUUCGUCAACGAGUCUCAGUGCCGUAAGUACGAGGAAUGGUUGGGGGAGACGCAACGGCUCCUGCAGAUGCAGCAGCGCCUCCUGGAGGACCAGCUCGCAGCUCACCGCAAGGCCAAGAAAUCUCUGUCGGCCAAACAGAGAACAGCCAAGAAGGCCGGACGAGCUCUCGCCGAGGAUGACGCCGCCCAGUUCCACAACAUCACGGAGCAGCAGGGGGCGGUCCAGAAACAGCUGGAGCAGAUCCGGAAGCAGCAGAAGGACCAUGCUGAGCUGAUUGAGGACUACAGGACUAAACAGCAGCAGCAGAGAGCUGCAGGAGUGCCCCCCAUCCCCCAGACCCACUUCUCCCAGCCCAUGGUGUCCAUGCAGCCCCACCUGGGCAGCCCCACAGUGGUCCGUGUUCCAAACGCCCCCCCUGGUUGGACCCCAGGGGUCGAGACCCCCGGGUUGAUGGGUCAGAGAAUGCCACUUCAGAUGCCCUCCGUCCUGCCUAAAGCUCUCCAGGCUCCACCACACACCCAGACCCUUCCAGCAGUCUUCACUGGGGUCCCCGCCGGAGGUACCCAUGGAGCAGCAGGGGACGCAGCCGCUGCCCCCCCUCAGGUGAAGUUUGACGAUAACAACCCGUUCAGUGAGGGUUUCCAGGAGAGGGAGAGGAGGGAGAAGCUGAGGGAGCAGCAGGAGAGGCAGAGAGUUCAGCUCAUGCAGGAGGUGGAGCGUCAUCGCUCCCUGCAGCAGAGACUGGAGCUGGAGCAACAAAGCCUCCUGGGAGCCACCAUGGUUCCUGGAGUUGGAGGAGCAGCCAUUCCCCUAUCUGGACCUCUGUUAGGGGCUCGAGUUGGGCAAAAGCCUGUACCUGGAGGUCCUGCUGGGUCAGCGCUUGCCUCUGGGAGUGAUAGUCCCUUCUUCAGCUCUGAGCUGCCCCAGGAUUUCCUCCAGUCGCCCCUAGCAGCUAAACCUACCCCCCGGAACCAGGGCCUCUACCAGUGCUUCACAGGAGGACCCCUGCCCCCUGGAUCAAACCCAACCCCAGGUCUACUGCCCAGGGCCACAGCAGAGCGGGGCAGGGCCCUGCCUGAGCAUGGGCCUCCAAUGGACCCCCAUACCAGGUCUAGGCUCUCAGAACCCACCGGAUCCUCAGCCCAGGAACAAGUACGGCCAACCGGAAUCGGAGCAACAGGCACCUCUUUCCAUCCUGGAGGUCAGGCUCAUCGAUUUGGACACGACGACUCCUCUUCCUCCCCCUCUACCUCUCUCCCCCCCUCCUUUGCUUGCUAUUCCUCUGGAGGCCCCGUGUCCCUCAUCCAGUUGUACUCGGACAUCAUCCCUGACGACAAACCAAAGAACAAGAGGAGCAGGAAGAGGGAUGGAGACGACACAGCUGGCGGAGGAGGAGCCAGGACACCGCUCUCUUCGCACUCUGAUGACACCACGGCUCCGCCCACUCCGGCUGUGUCAGACACUUCCUGCUCCACGCCCACCCGGUGCAGCAUGGACCAAUCAGAACUAUUCUCUCUAAACUCCUCCCUGUCCACUCUGGCUCCAUCAUCAGAGCUGGAGAGGCAGCUGUCCGUCAUCUCUGCAGCCCAGCUGAGAGGCUCAGUCCUGGGUAUGGAGUGUCCGAGAGGUUCCCUGUAUGCAGCUCGUCUGGAAGUCAAGCAGGAGGAGCGUGAGGAGGGAGGAGCAUGUUGGGGGGGCACGGUCAAGGUUGAGGAGGGUCACGGUGAUGGAUUCUUUCCCUCCUCUUCUCUCCAUGGUGGAGACGGUGGGAAGGAGCUCCUCAGACACCUGCUGAAGGACAAGAUGUCCCCAGCAAAAAUGCCGCCAUCCCCCACCAGCCAGGCCCCGCCCAUUGCCCGCCGCCAGCUGUCCAAUGAGAGUGUCCGGUCUGAGGAAGAGGACAGGACUGGCUCCCAUGUCAACGUGGUCAUGAUGGACAGUCCAGAUCUCCUGGACUCGUCUGGCAGUAAGAAGACUCAGCGCUUUAAGAGACUCACUCAGCCGGAGAAAGAUAGAACUCCUUCCAAAAACAAGAGGAGAAAGAAAGAGGAGGAGGAGGAGAAGAUGCUCAACGCCUCCUCUACAACCUCCUGUGACCCGCUGGUGGCUCACCUCAGACAGCUGUCGGUGCUUCCCCUGAUGGAGCCGGUUCUGGGGAUUGAUCUGAGUCUGUUCCCUCCGCACGGCAGCUCCUCUUUGGGCCGAGACUCCAGACUGACCGGCUCCUUCGGUAACGGCUGCUUGGACGGAGUCACGGACUACUACUCCCAGCUCAUAUACAAGCAGAAUAACCUCAGUAACCCCCCCACACCUCCGGCCUCCCUGCCCCCAACCCCCCCGCCUGUCACCAGGCAGAAACUGGUGAACGGCUUUGCUACGACGGAGGAGCUGGAGAGGAAGGAGAUCACUGAGCAUGAGGGUGUGAAUCAGAAAGGGGACGGGCUUCUGGCUUUAAACCAUGCCACCAAAACAGUAGAUGUCCCCGCCUCCCUGCCAACCCCGCCCCACAACAACCAGGAAGAGCUCAGGGUCCACGACUCAUCGGGGCGCGACAGCCCGGACGGCUUCGUCCCGUCAUCUUCUCCAGACAGCGUGGCGGACAUGGAGGUCAGCAGGUACCCUGACCUCUCCUGGAUCAAACUCGAGCUGCCCUCGCCCUGCCCCUCGCCUACAAUACCCGUGAUGCCCUGUGCGUGGGGAAAAGUGAAACAGGAAGUGAAGGCGGAGCCUAACCAUCAGGGUCAUCCCUCAUGCUCUAACACAGACCUGGUAACCAUAGCCAUAACCCUGAACCCUGUUGCAGCUCAGAAAAUAGCAGAUGUGAUGGCGGCGGUUGCCGAGCUGCUGCGGGUUCCCGUCCCCUCUGACUACCAGCUGAGCCGAGCCGCCAGCCCCGGACGAAGCUCUCUGGCCCUGCUGGCCGGAGUUCGAGUGCCGCUCACUCAGGGUUCAACAGGAAGCAAUCAGCAGAGACCUACAGCUGCGGCUGGAAACGCUGCUGUCAGAAUGGACUACAUCCAACAUGGCGGCGCUUCUGCUGCCAGGUCUCAGUGUUGCAGCUUCUGCAAGGUGCUGUUGGGAAACGGAGUCCGAAUUGUCAAGGAGCUCAAGCAGGAGGGUCAAUCCAGAUCCAGCUUGCUGUUCUGCAGUCAAAACUGCUCUGCUCUCUAUACAUCUGACCUGCAGAGCAGAAAAGCUGAUAAGCAGGCUGCUGUCCCCGUCACGCUGUCCGGCUCUGAGCGUCCCCCUCCCAGCAGAGUGCAGCAUCAGUACACCAGCAACAUGUCCUCCAUAGCCGUCCACUCCCUCCUCCAUACUCCCUCCUCCCCUCCCCCAACCUCCUCCCCACCACUCUCCUUCCCACCCGCCUCCGCCAUCACCAUGGAGACCAGGCCCCGCAUGGACGGCCUCAAGGUAAAGGUGAAGCUAAAGCCCCGCCCCCGGGCAGUUCCAGGUGGAGAAGACUCACUGUUGUCUCGCCACGGGAAGAGGAUGAAGAGUAACCGCUGGAGACGCUGGAGUUUUAGCAUCACACUGAGCAGGGGUAGUUGCAUCUCUAACGAGGCGGUUGCCAUGCCAACGGAGGAGGAAGUAGACGUGCUAUUGGAUAAACUCGGGGCGUGUCUUCGUCCCGAUCCAUUGCCCAAAGACCAACGCAGGUGCUGCUUCUGUAACCAGCAGGGUGACGGGCAGACAGACGGACCAGCCAGACUGCUGAACCUGGACCUGGACCUGUGGGUCCACCUGAACUGUGCUCUGUGGUCCAGUGAGGUGUAUGAGACUCAGGCCGGAGCUCUCAUCAACGUGGAACUGGCUCUGAGACGAAGUCUGUCUCUGCGCUGCGCUCACUGCCAGAAGACCGGCGCCACGAGCGGCUGCAACCGCCUCCGAUGCACCAACACCUACCACUUCACCUGUGCACUGCAGGCCCACUGCACCUUCUUCAAGGACAAGACAAUGCUGUGUCAGCUCCAUAAGCCAAGAACGGUUCCUCUGGGUGGGGACCGGUCUUCCAGCGCCUCCCCCUCCUCCACCCCGGGGCCGACCUCUGACCCCGUGCCGGCGGCCUGUGACCCGUACGACUGCGAGCUGCGGUGCUUUGCUGUUUUCCGGCGGGUGUUUGUGCAGCGGGACGAGGCGCGUCAGAUCGCUGCCGUGGUGCAGCGCAGCGAGCGGCAGCACACCUUCCGGGUCGGUAGUCUGCUGUUCCACGCCAUUGGCAGGCUCCUCCCAAAACAGAUGAAGGCCUUCCACAACCAGGCCGCCAUCUUCCCCAUCGGUUACCAUACCAACCGCAUCUACUGGAGCAUGCGGCACAGCAACAGGCGCUGUAAGUAUGUGUGCUGCGUUGAGGAAGACCAGGGGCAGCCGCUGUUUAAGGUGAAGGUGGUGGAGAAGGGAUACGAUGACCUCAUACUGACCGGACCAACACCGAAAGUUGUGUGGGACCAGAUACUGGAACCAGUAUCACAGAUGAGAUCCUCCAGUGGGACUCUGAAGCUUUUCCCAGUUUACCUGAAAGGAGAAGAUCUGUUUGGAUUGACGACGUCUGCAGUGACCAGGAUCAUCGAGUCUUUGCCAGGUGUGGAGACCUGUGAGCGUUACACUUUUCGUUAUGGAAGGAACCCUCUCAUGGAGUGGCCUCUGGCCUUCAACCCCUCUGGCUCGGCCCGUUCUGAACCCAAAGCCUCCCAGACCAAGAGACCUAACCUGUUGACCAGCAUCGCUCCCAGGUGUCAGGGCUCCGUGGGCUCCAUCGUGGGCCUCGUGCCUGGCGUCAUCUCUCUGUCUCCGGGGGAGUCGGUGGCGGCAGCUCACCAGGGACGCCACUCCAAGUCGGCUCAGUACCGUCGCAUGAAGGCGGAUUGGAAGACCAAUGUCUACCUGGCCCGCUCUCGCAUCCAGGGGCUGGGUCUCUAUGCUGCCAGAGACAUCGAGAAAUGCACCAUGGUCAUCGAGUACAUUGGCACCAUAAUCAGGAGUGAAGUAGCCAAUCGCAAGGAGAGGCUGUACGAGUCACAGAACCGUGGUGUGUACAUGUUCCGGAUUGACAACGACUUUGUGAUCGACGCCACCAUCACUGGAGGACCAGCCAGGACCCGCCCUCUGUCUGUGAUUGACAGAUACAUCAACCACUCGUGUUCUCCUAACUGCAUCACAGAGGUGGUCACUGUGGAGAAAGAGAACAAGAUCAUCAUCAGUUCCUGUAGACGCAUCCAGAGAGGAGAAGAGCUAUCCUAUGACUACAAGUUUGACCUGGAGGACGAUCAACAUAAGAUCCCGUGUCACUGUGGAGUCGUCAACUGCCGUAAAUGGAUGAACUGAAGUCUCUCUCUCUGGAGUCUGGGUGUCGAUCGCCCAUCACGUGGGCGGAGCUACACUUCAUAUCAGAAGUCAAUAUAUUAAUAAUAAACCUGAUCGCACAUGUAAUAAUGGUUGACAGGUAGGGGGGGGCGUGGCUUAUGACGAGGCUGGUCCUCUGUGUGUAUUAUGUGUAAAAUGACCAUAGAUGUAAAUGUGAAAUUACAGAAUGCCUUCGUCAGAAAAAAUAUAAAACCACAAAAACAGAUCAAUGCCCACAGACUUGAUUCUUCAUCCUCCUCUUCCUCCUCCUGCGUUUUGUUAAUUUCAUGUAAAAUAAGAGAUUUUGUUCUUUUUGUAUUUAUUACUGAAUGAAGCUAUUUUCUAAAUCCGUGGUGAGUUCGAGGUCCGCAGUCGCAGUCUGUAAAUACGUGUAUCAUAAAUUUAAAGGAAAAACAAUGUUUAGAAAUGACUCCCAACAGGUCCCUUUUCCUCUUAUCUUCCUCAUCCUCACCUUCAUCACCUGCCCAUUGUUUUCUGUCGCGCUGUGCUCUGAUUGGAUAAUUCUUUGUGUUUUUUCACCUAGCGUUUUGACUGCAGGUGUUUUCCUGCUGUGUACAUAUGAGUUUAUAAUGAGUUUAUACAGUUCCACAACAUGAAGCCUUGUUUUGUUUUUUAAUAUUCACGUAAAGAGUGUGACCAUGAUUUUUGUUUUGGGGGAAAAUGUGGAAUCUGAUUUAGAAUAAUUUACAGAAAAUAAAAUAUUUUACAUCUUGAA